UUUCAAUUUUAUAUUAGGUUGCGAAGAAAAUUAAUUGUUUUUUUUUAUCCUUUCGAGAAUGAGUACCACUGGACUAAUAAUAAUACUCGAACGUGCACUGCCUGCUAUGAUUCAUACUGAGAAUCAGCAGAUUACGAAAUGGUUAAAAAGAGACAGACAACCCACACACCAAGUUAUCUCUUCCUCGCAGAGUGAUUAAACAGAGACAGAUGGUCCUUUGUCGUAAUACUAUCUUAUUCUCGGUUUUUAUUUACGGACAUAACAUGACAGUGCACGUUCAAUCAUUAGAGUUGAUGAAUAUUAAAUAUUCAUUAAGUUAAUCAAACCAGAUCUAUCAUUACGUACUGCAGAUGGCGCAAUAUCUGAUUAUUGAAGUUGUUAAUGAGAAAUUAUUCCAAAGAGCAGAUUCCAAAGACAGAUACGAGUCCCUUCGUGGAUGAGGCUUUGCGUUCAUUAUCAUCGCGAUGGCGAGUAACUACAGUGAUGACAGCGUCGUGCAUCAGGCUAGGCAAGAACUGACAAGUGAGGAUAAAGAAUACGCAGCGGUAUAUUUAAACGAAACCGACGAGACUAGAGAGAACAUCGUCACGGAAAUCAAAUGCUGGAUCGAGGAGAGCGACGAUUUGCGCGCAAGAAAAAUUGAUGAUUUCCUUAUCCUGCGAUUUUUGAGAGUCUGCAAAUUUAAUCUCGAGAAAACAAAGAUCAGGAUGCGAAACUAUUAUAAACAACGAUUUUAUUUACCAGAUUGGUACAUGAAUAAAGAUCCGUUUCGACCGGAACUACAGGAACUGUUUAAUUUAGGAGUAUUUCUGCCUCUGCGGAAGCCGGAUAAUCAUGGAAGAUUGGUUAUCAUCGUAUGUGGUACUCGGCAUGAUCCAAGGAAACACAAAAUUUCAGAUAUCGCUAAAAUCGGCGUGAUGGCGACGGAAAUUGCGACGAAGAAUUAUACCGCAACAUCUGUGUAUGGCUGUUCAGUGUUCAUAGAUAUAGCCAAUCCGACUAUGCGACAUGUUCUUCAAAUGCAACCCCAAAUUAUAAAGAAUUUGGUUCAGACAUGGCAGAGUAGCUAUCCUAUGAGGAUACAAUUGAUUAACAUGAUUAAUGCGCCUAAAUAUGUCGAUAUUGUUCUAAAAAUUUUUAGAACUUUUAUGAAUGAAAAAAUGAAGAAUAGAUUGCACGUCUACUCACAAAAUGCGAUGCAUAAUUGUUUCAAGGAUAUACCAGCUAAUAUUUUACCUGUCGAAUAUGGAGGCAUUGGUGGUACACGUCAGGAAUUAGCAAAAUAUUGGAAGAAAUUAAUAGAGGAAAAUAGCGACUGGCUUAUGGAAGAUGAAAAGGACAUUGUUACUGUCUGAAACAGUAAUUCCGGCAACAAAACUAUAUAUUCUUAGCACAUCCUUGGGUAUUUAUUAUUAUAUCGAACAUAGGUUUCUCUUACACUGUUGCAAAUUUUACAAAAAUAUCUUUUUUUUUCCUUUUUUGCUGCACAGAGAAAUCAUAUUUUAUUGA